AUGAUCGAGCCUCCUACUAAUAAAAUCUCCUUAUCAUCCCAGAAUUCCGGUCCUGAUGAGUGGCUGGGAGACGGAACUAGCUGGUAUGACCCCUUCAAGACCUGGUUCGAGACAUGUACCUUUGAUCCGUUGGCAAACUUGACCGAGGCGCAGUGCAAACUUGUUCUCGGAGGCGAGCAACUUCUAUGGAGCGAGCAGUCUGGUCCCAAAAAUAUCGACCUGACCGUGUCGCUCACUGCCACUGCACUCAAUGUCACCGAGGCACUUCCUCGUUUGCAUGUGAGUGGUGCUUCUUGA